AUGCAUCGUCAGGGCUACACGCGGCACCGCCAUCGCCUCGUCUCCAGACGACGCGACGUUGCCGCUGCCAACAUCGCGCCUCACGCACAUGUCCCCGAUGGCGGCGGCGACGACCACCACCACACACCCUCGAUAGACUUUGUCACCCUUGGCAUGUUCAUCAUAGAUGACAUUGACUUCCUCCCGCCAACGCCCCCGGUCAAGGACAUCCUCGGCGGCGCCGGCACGUACUCGGCCCUCGGCGCCCGCCUCAUGUCGCCGCCGCCCCUGUCCACCACCGUCGGCUGGGUCGUCGACCAGGGUUCCGACUUCCCGCCUGCGCUGGCCACCCUCAUCGACACAUGGGACACGCACGUCGUGUACCGCCAGGACAAGGACCGCCAGACAACCCGUGGCUGGAACGGCUACGAGGCCGGCGCCGACCAGAAGCGCGCCUUUCGGUACACUACGCCCAAGCGCCGCCUCACCGGCGCCGACCUGGACCCAGCGCUACUGCAGGCCAAGUCGUUCCACCUCAUCUGCGCGCCGCUGCGCUGCCAGGAGCUGGUCCGCGACAUCACGGCCCGCCGCCGUGCCGUCAUGCCGCCCGCCGCCUACACCAAGCCCGUCUUCAUCUGGGAGCCCGUCCCGGACCGCUGCCACCCCAACGAGCUGCUCAACUGCACAAACUGCCUGCCGCUCAUCGACGUCUGCAGCCCCAACCACGCCGAGCUCGCCGCCUUUCUCGGCGGCGACGGCCUCGACCCAGAUACGGGUGCCAUCUCCCCCGACGCCGUCGAACAGGCCUGCGAGCAGCUCCUCGCUAGCAUGCCCCUGCAGUCGUACACCUUUGUCGUCCGCGCCGGCGACCGCGGCUGCUUCGUCGCUCGCAACGGUGGCCGCAAGCGCAAGCGGCCCCAGGGCGCCAAGACGGCCCGCCGCAAGGCCCUCAUCCACGGCUCUCUCCAGCCCGACACAGACAUGGAGUCGCUCCUCGCCGGCCUGCUCCAGGGCGACGACGGUGUCAUUGACUCGGAGGAGAUUGAGGUCGACACCGGCGUCCAGAGAUGGAUCCCGGCUUAUCAUCAGGAUGCCGCUGCCGUCGUCGAUCCCACAGGCGGCGGCAACACCUUCCUUGGAGGCCUCUCGGUGGCUCUGGCUCGUGAUGAGGACGUCGAAACCGCUGCUAUCUGGGGCACCGUCGCCGCCAGUUUCGCCAUUGAGCAGGUCGGGCCGCCGACAUUGGGCAAGGACGAGAGUGGAGAAGAGACCUGGAACGGCGUGAAUCCCCUCGCGCGAUUGCGCGAGUUUCAGAAGCGUCUGUAA